GUAUUGAAUAUAUAAGAUAUAUCACGGAAAUCAUGAUUUAGGAUGGAUGGAGAAUUCAAAAAAGGAGGUUUUGAAAUUUAAAAAGCUAAGUUUUGAUAUUACGAGUGAUGGAGUUGAAAGGAAGAAGAUUAAUUAGAAUCAUGAGAAAGCCAAAAAAAAAAAAAAAAAAGAGCGUUGGUUGGCCUGUGAAUCACAUUAAUUAGAAUCAUGAAAAGCCAAAUCAAGUCAUCCAAUCCCAUAUUUAUUUGAUGGUGGUGCUGUUGGUGUUGCUACUGCUGGAUAUUUACUCUGCAAAGGCUCCUGAUUAAAUCAAACCCCCCACCCCUCUUUUCUUUCUUGACUUGUUUUUGCAUGUGGCUAUAUAUAUAUCUCUCUCCAUAUGUACAUGUAUGUAUUCAUCUACAAUACUAAAUUGUUUUCAUUCAUAAAUUUAACGAGACAUACGGCUCUAGAGUCGACAGAAAUCCUCCUCCUUAUAACUUAGCUUGUAUGUCAUUUCUUCACCACUAUUUACAUCCAAUAUUGCACGUACGCGAGUUACUAACUUAUUGCUAAUAUAUGGCAAAACCAUGAAUAUCACUCUCAUACCCCUUGUAAGAUUAGUAGUCACUGCUAACAUUUGGUAGUUUCCCACAACCGCGCAGGAAGUCCACGGUACACACCACCUAUGAAUACACUUUCAUAUACAAACAUAUAUUGUCCUCUUGUGAUAAGAGUUCAACUAAGGCCACUUUCCCUGUUUAAUGCUACAUCAUCUUGUCCUACGUACUCAACAAAUUUUAACUGCUAGGUCCUACUUACGACGUGUAUAAAGUCUGAUGCAGAGAGAAGAGAUCAACUACGAGGCGGCCACUGAAGCAGGAGGGAGAUUUUCUGCCAAUGUAGACGACUCUUCUGAUCCUCCUAAUCCUACAAGUAAUAAUCAUAGUGGGUCAUUGCUGCCUUAUCAUCAACCUGAAGCUCACAACCAUGAUAAUACCAUAAUUCUCGGGAGCGGAUCAGUUAUGGUGGAUUACAUGCUAAGCAAUCCUCCUCCCGACCUUAUUAACAAUGGGAUUCCAUCAAGAAUAGCUUAUCAUUCGGAACAACAGCAGAAACGACAGCGGCAGCAGCAGCAUCAACAUCAACAACCACUUCUGCUGGAUCAGCCCAACAGCAGCAUCAACUGUGUUAGUGGAGGUAUCCCCAUUAACAUGGAUAGGACACUGAGCUUUGCAGAUGUUAUGCAGUUUGCAGAUUUUGGACCAAAGUUGGCACUUAACCAUCCUCAGCGACUCCAGCAUCAGGAGAAUAGCAACGCGGAUCAAGAGGACGACCACACCAUCACUGCGAUAGACCCUGUUUAUUUCCUCAAGUUUCCUGUACUUAGUAACUCACAUAUGGUGCCAGGUCAUGGUAAUACAAGCAGUAUUCACGAUGAUAGCAAUACUCCAACCAAUAACAGUAUUAAUGAUAGAGAUGGAGGUUUUGGUGAUCCUUUAGAGGAUUUUAGAGACAGAGAAUAUGGCUAUGACCAUCAACAAGAAGAUGCUGCUGCAGCUGCUGCUACUGCUGGUGUUUUGUCAACAUCUGCUAACAAUCUCAGUAACCCAGUGCAGCUUGAGUUUCUCGGUAAUGCUACUAAUGAUGAUAAUAAUCUUAUGGAAGGAGCAGCAGCAGGAGGAACAAUGGGGCAUAUUAAUAAAAGCAGCAGCAGCAGCAGCAAGAGAAAAAGGCCUCGUAGUAUCAAGACAAAUGAGGAAGUGGAAAGUCAAAGGAUGACUCAUAUUGCCGUGGAAAGAAACCGGAGAAAGCAAAUGAACGAGCACCUUCGCGUUUUGAGGUCUCUUAUGCCGAGCUCCUAUGUCCAAAGGGGAGACCAAGCAUCAAUAAUAGGAGGAGCAAUAGAGUUUGUGAGAGAACUGGAGCAACUACUACAGUGUCUGGAGUCCCAGAAGAGGAGAAGACUGUAUGGAGAUCAACCGCGGCCCAUGGGAGACUCUUCUACCUCAUCAUCAUCAACAGCACUAGGACUAGUUCAGCAAACGCCACAAGUACAACCACCUCUGGGUUUUCCUCCACCAAUGGGUAGUCAGUACCAUCAUCAGGAUGAUGAUCAACUCAGGCUUUUGGAUCAUCAGUUGGACCCUAUGGCUAUGCCUACGCCUACCCUAUGCCUGCAGCUACGGGAGGAUUGCUCCGCGAAGAGACUGCUGAGAGCAAGACUUGCUUUGCAGACGUAGAAGUGAAGGUGUUAGGUUUUGAUGCUUUAAUUAAGAUACUCUCUCGCAGACGCCAUGGCCAACUCAUCAAGGCCAUUGCUGCCCUUGAGGAUCUGCACUUCACUAUUCUCCACACCAACAUCACCACCAUUGAGCAGACUGUUCUUUAUUCUUUCAAUGUUAAGGUACAUUGUUUGGCUUACUCGCUCGAUCCAUUCUACAUUAAUAAUUGGCUGAUUCAGAUACUCCAUUGUAGACUUUUAUUUCAUGUGAUCCAGCAAAAUAAUAAUACUUAAUACCGAUUUUUAUAGGUUGCUAAUGAAGCACGGUUUACUGCAGAGGAUAUUGCUACUUCUGUCCAGCAAAUAUUUACUUUUAUUCAUGCCAAUACCAAUAUCAUUUAAG